AUGUCGCGCAUCACCGCCCCCGUCGCAAAGCUCACCCGCUCCAUCAACUCGGCCGCCACGGCGAACCGCUCCAGCGGCCUCCUCGAGUCUCACUACAACGUCAACCACGGCGCCGUCCUUAUGCCAAAAUACGCAGAGCUCCUCCAGAACCGGAGCCCCCGCGAGCAUGAUUCCGCCCGCACCCUAUCAACAACCCACCGCCCAACCCCGCAACCAACUCGGACCUCCCCCUCCGUCCGCCAAAUGCAAACCUUCUCCUCCUCGGCGGCGGCGGCAUCAUCCCCGACCCCAAUCUCCUCAAUGGACUUCACCAUCCUGCCCAUCUCCUACGACCCCGUCCCCAAGAACGAAUUCGCCGGCAUGCGCAUGCCCCUCCUCCCAGACUCCUUCACCACAAAACACCAAUCGCUGUAUGAACAAACAGCAGCCGAGGAGGCCCUCCCCCUCUCGAAGCCCGAAAUCUCAAUCAUUGCCGCGCACCCGGAGAACGUCACCACCGCCGCGGCCCUGACGGAGAUCGAGGGCUUCGGCGUCGACGGCGUCGAGCUGAAGUGGGCCCACGACAGUGAGGCCGCCGCCGAGACGGAGGUGCAACAGCCCGGUCUCAGGGAUUUGUGGAAGGGCCUCGUCGACAAUGUCGUCGGGUCGUCGCAGAAGCCUGCUUUCUAA